AUGACUGUUACAGAAUCCAUCAAGCAUGCCAUCGGCCUCGGAGAGCCCCGGAAGGCUACCCGUGAGGAGAUGAGUGCUGCUAAGCUGCCCCUACCCUACAGAGAUUCAUGCGCACACCUUCUGAUUCCGCUGAAUCGGUGUCGGUACGAGGAGUACUACCUACCAUGGAAGUGCGAGAAUGAGCGACACUCGUACGAGAAAUGCCAGUACGAGGAGUUCAAGGAGCGCGUGAAGAAGAUGGAUGAGCUGAGGGCAGCCAAGGGCGGAGAGCGAAGCAAUUAG